AUGGGCCCCUGUACCGCCUCCUCUUGCUGCUGCCAGGCCCGUAAUCUGCCAUGGGCCCCCGUACCGACUCCUCAUGCUGCUGCCAGACCCGUAAUCUGCCAUGGGCCCCUGUACCGCCUCCUCAUGCUGCUGCCAGGUCCAGAGUGUCUCAUGGGUCCCUGUACGGCCUCCCAUUGCUGCUGUCUCCAUCGCCACACUCUGCCAUGUGCCACUUUCAGGUCUCCUCACACUGCUGGUGGGUUCCAUUUUGUCAUAGGGUGCUGUAUUGGCCUCCCAUUGCUGCUGCCUCCACCAUGCCACACUGUGGCUCCACACUCUGGCUUUGCCCCCGUGACUGCCCAAAUGAGUGAAGUGUGCCUCCCGGUGCUCUAAGAUCGACGGCAACUCAUCUGCAUGUCAUACUGACUGACAGUAUUAUUUCUCUUCCCCAGCAGACUCCAAGGGCAUUUAAAUUAAAGGUACAGUGUUCUGCACUAAUAUAA